AUGAACUACAGCUGUCCAUCAGAGCUGCAAAGAGAGUUAUUUCGGUUGCGGUUUACUGCAAACCCCUGGCUCCAUCUGUCUGAUGAUCUGACCAGUGUGAGACUUAAAGACACAUGUCAGCAGCUCCCUGACCACCCAGAGAGAAACAGUAAUUAUCCCAAUGUUCUGGGCUCUGAGGGUUUCAGCUCAGGGAAACACAGCUGGGAGGUGGAGGUGGGAGACCAUCCUGACUGGAUUGUGGGUUUGGCCAAUGAGUCAUUUGACAGGAAGGGAGAGCGAUAUCCUUCACCAGAACAUGGAAUCUGGUGUUUACUGCAUCGUGAUGGAAAAUACACUGAUGGUGUUGGUCAGACUGUCAGAAUGAAGCAGAGUCUCCAGAGGAUCAGAGUCCAGCUGGACUAUUACUGGGGGCAGGUGUCCUUCUACGACGCUGAAGACAUGACUCAUAUCUACACUCACAGAGACACUUUCACUGAGAAACUCUUCCCUUAUUUUUAUGUCAGAGACGCUGGUGAUGCCAAAACCACUGAUAUCAAAAUGUGUCCCAGUCAGAUUUCUCUGUGA